UAUGGCACUUUUGGCAGUGCUGAUGAGUGGCAACUGGCUAAAUGGGCCAUAGAUAGUGGACUCAGUCUAUCAAAGAUGGAUGAACUCCUUCCACUUCAACAGGUCAGUGCCACUUGCCCAGGAAGGGGUUUCCACAACUCACACAGCCUGUUUCAAUCCAUAGAUUGUCUCCCCUGUAUGCCCCCAUGGAUGUGCAAGAUGCACACUAUCAAAACCCACAAUCUGGUGGCACCUAUGCAAGAGGUGAUGUUUUGGUACCAUGACCCAGUUUCUUUGGUCAGGGAGUUGAUCAGGAAUCCACACUUCAAAGACAAACUGCAUUACCACCCAACCAAACUAUACACAAGGGACCAUCUAUGUCAAUGGGCAUACUGUAACAUGAAUGACUCUGAGUGGUGGUGGAAUACCCAGGUGAGUUGGCAUUUGGCCAUCUUAUGUCCUCCUCACUCAUACAGUGAGGUCUAG